CAUUGCUAAAGCUUUGUUAUUGUAAAAAGACAGCAAAUCACGUUAUUACACAAGAAGAGCCGUGAUGGACUGCAGACUUAUCACCUGUUUACUUUUGUGCACAUUUAGCUCUUGUUUAAGCUCAAAGCCGAAUUUUGUCAUUUUCUUUGCUGAUGAUUUGGGGUUCGGAGACUUGAGCUGUUACGGACAUCCCACUUCGCUCACUCCUAACCUGGACCUCCUGGCAGCCAAAGGACUCCGCUUUACAGACUUUUACAGCACCAGUCCCGUCUGCAGUCCGUCCAGGGCGUCGCUGCUGACAGGUCGUUACCAGACGCGCUCAGGUGUCUACCCAGGUGUGUUUUAUCCAGGAUCCAUCGGGGGCCUUCCUCUGAAUGAGACCACCAUUGCUGAGGUGUUGAAACCUUUGGGUUAUGCCACCGCUGCUGUGGGUAAAUGGCAUUUAGGAAUAGGCUCCAACGGGAUGUUUCUUCCAACCAAACAGGGUUUUGAUGAGUACCUGGGGGUCCCAUACUCCCACGAUCAGGGGCCCUGCCACAACUUGACUUGUUUCCCCCCAGAUGUAAAGUGUUAUGGAGUAUGUGACGUUGGGGUUGUAACCGUCCCACUGAUUCACAACGACAACAUCAAGCAGCAACCAGUAAACUUCCUCGAGCUGGAAAAGGCGUAUAGUGACUUUGCAACCAGAUUUAUAACCACGUCAGCAAAGAAUAAACAACCAUUUUUCCUUUACUAUCCAGCACAUCAUACCCACUACCCACAGUAUGCAGGCUCAGAUGCAGCCGGUCGCUCGUUGAGAGGUCCAUUUGGAGAUGCCCUCUUGGAAUUGGACAACACAGUAGGAAAUGUGAUGGCAACCCUGCAGAAGACGGGAGUGAUCAACAACACACUUGUGCUCUUCACAUCUGACAACGGGCCUGAGCUGAUGCGUAUGUCCCGCGGGGGCAACUCUGGCCUCCUGAAAUGUGGUAAAGGUACGACAUAUGACGGGGGGAUGAGAGAGCCGGCCAUCGCCUACUGGCAAGGUUUCAUCGAGCCAGGAGUAACUCAUGAGAUGGCCAGCACAUUAGACAUCUUCCCAACUAUCGCAAGCCUAGCAGGAGCUAAACUGCCUCCAGUGAUGCUGGAUGGGUUUGAUAUGACGGAUAUCCUCUUCAAGCAAGGAAAGAGUAAAAGGGAAGCAAUGAUGUUCUACCCAAUAGAUCCAAAUGAGAAGUACGGCCUGUUUGCUGUCAGACUGGGGAAGUUCAAGGCCCACUUCUAUACUCAAGGUGCUUCCCACAGCGCCAGCACCCCAGACCACGACUGUCCAGGAUCUGCGUCCUUCGUAGGCCACGACCCUCCUCUAAUGUUCAACCUGGAGGCAGACCCCUCGGAGCGCUACCCUAUCUCUCUGAAGGACAGACCUGACGUCCAGGCUGUGUUGGAGCAGAUAAGGACAAUAAAGGCCCAGUUUGAAGCCACCAUGGUUUUUGGCGAGAGUCAAAUAUCAAAAGGAAGUAACCCGAACCUGGAGCCCUGCUGUAAUCCUGAUUGUAGCCCCAAACCGAGCUGCUGCCACUGCUGAUGAGCGGGGUGUAAAAUAUUUGUGAUGACCACGUGGGGAAUCAUGCUGCACUGAUUAAAUUACUUCUCGCUUUUGAACAAAUAAUCAUCUUUAUGUACUGAAAAAGAAAUGUUGAAAACAUUUUCCUCAGUGAGGAAAGUUUACUGUUAAUUAUGUGUUUGAACUUUUAAUCAUGUCUGACUGUACUUAAAGUUUCUGUUUAAUUUGACUUCAACUGUAAUUUACACUUAAGUUUCUUUGUAAAAAGAUAAAAUCACACAAACCAUGAUGAAAAAUUCAAUAAAGAAAAGAAAAGUU